GCCGUGUCUGAUAUAUGACCUUUCAAAUACAGACUAUGAAAGCCUCUCCGCGUCAGUCAAGGAACGGGAAGAGCUGAUUCCAUGCAAGAUGACUACUAUCGAUUAUCAAGGUGGCAAGCGCUAUGGACAACUUCGAAACGAUCAAGAAAGAAAUUUAGAUGAAAUCAACAAGUCCUUCGUAGACAGUGGGGAUUACGAUGACGAAGAUGACUACCCUGAUCUUAAUGAUCGACUGGAAGGCUACAAAAAGCAGUUCAUGGAAUUUGACGAAGAUAAUUCAGGGGAUAUCGACAUCAUGGAACUCAAACGCAUGAUGGAAAAACUCGGACAAGCGAAGACCCACCUGGAACUGAAGAAAAUGAUCGCCGAAGUCGAUACAACGAACUCAGGAACAAUUUCGUAUUCUGAAUUUCUGACAAUGAUGCUCGGAAAGAAAUCAAGUGUUCUUAAAUUGAUCUUGAUGUUUGAAGAAAAGAAGAAAGAGAAGGCAAAACCGACUGGUGUGGCCCCGAAGAGAGACCUGUCAAGCUUACCUUAGGCGUGUAGUGAUCAGCCUUACGUUCGGGCGUCACGCAGACAAACCGGUGAUAGGGCUGCGAGACUGUCAGAUAAAAUAGAGCAGUUUGCGUUUCUUUAAUUAUAGUUUCUCUAAAAUUAUAUUUUUACAACAUAAAGGAACCUUCAUAAUUUUAAGACUCACUUUACAGUGAAUUCAGCUCCCUUUUCAUCAACCCCAAAGGGCAUAAAAAUCAAGGGACGUGUCGGAAAAACGUUCGUAUAUGUAAGUAUCGAGAAAGCGUUUAAAAGGAAGUCAAAAUUUUAUAGCCCGUUUUGAAUGCGAAUAACGAGUGCCAGUUAAGGAAUGAAAAUUGAAACUCAUUGUGUCAGCAUUCAUAAACAAAUCGUAGAAACAUCAUAAUUAUAAAUCAGUCUCUUUCUGAGAAAGGGGUGAUAAUUUGUAUUGUUAGCGUGAAGAAAAAACCUCACAAAAUCAACGUUAUUCCAGCGCGAUUUGCAAUAACCAGUAUAUUUUUUACUCCGUCGACGUAUGUUAGGUGCACAUCUCUCCACAGAAAUCGUUUUGAAAAAAAUAAAUAAAAAGGAAAACAAUUCUUCCACAAAAAGGUCAA